AUGGUUUCCUCUUCCAAGGAGAAGAGACUCGCCAAGAAGGCCGCCGAGGGCAAGCUCGACAAGAAGAAGGGCUCUAAGAAUGUCAGCACGACUGCCUCUUCGGUGAACGGCGAUGAGCCCGCCACUGGCGCAAAUGACGCGGAAGAAAUCAAGCGCCUCGCCGAUCAGAUGGACAAGCACGGCAUUUCUGACCGUGUCACCACCGGUGUCCUGUCAUCUACCCAGGCCAGCAAAGACGUCAAGAUUACCAGCGCCUCGCUCGUCUUCCACGGCCGUGUCCUUUUCAACGACACUACCCUCGAGUUGUCCUACGGACGCCGAUACGGUCUCCUGGGUGAGAACGGUUGCGGAAAGUCAACCCUUCUCAAGGCCAUCGCCGCCCGCGAGUUCCCCAUCCCUGAGCAUAUCGACAUCUACCUGUUGAACGAGGGUGCUCCUCCCACCGAGCUCGGUGCCCUUGAGUGGGUCGUUACCGAGGCCGAGCGUGAGAUGGAACGCCUCGACAAGUUGGCCGAGAAGAUUCUUGAGGACGAGGGCCCCGAGAGCCCUGUCCUUAUGGACCUGUACGAGCACAUGGAGAAGAUGGACCCCGCCACCUUCUCUACCCGCGCCUCCCUCAUCCUGACGGGUCUGGGUUUCAACAAGGUCACCAUCCACAAGAAGACCAAGGACAUGUCUGGUGGCUGGAGAAUGCGUGUCGCCCUCGCCAAGGCUCUGUUCGUCAAGCCCUCGCUGCUGUUGCUCGACGACCCCACUGCCCAUUUGGAUCUCGAGGCCUGCGUGUGGCUCGAGGAGUACCUCAAGAAGUGGGACCGUACCUUGGUCCUCGUUUCCCACUCCAUGGAUUUCCUUAACGGUGUGUGCAACACCAUGGUUGACAUGCGUGGAAAGCAGCUCCUGUACUACGGUGGUAACUACGACAUUUACAACAGAACCCGUACCGAGCAGGAGACGAACCAGAUGAAGGCGUACCAGAAGCAGCAGGACGAAAUUGUGCACAUCAAGAAGUUCAUUGCCAGCGCUGGUACCUACGCCAACUUGGUCAGACAGGCCAAGUCCCGUCAGAAGAUUCUCGACAAGAUGGAGGCCGACGGCUUCAUCCAACCCGUCAUCCCCGACAAGGUCUUCACUUUCCGUUUCGCCGAUGUCGAGAAGCUUCCCCCUCCCGUCCUGUCCUUCGACGACGUCACCUUCUCCUACUCUGGCGACCCCAAGGACGACCUGUACCGCAACAUCGACCUCGGUUUCGAUAUGGACUCCCGUACCGCUCUUGUCGGCCCCAACGGUGUCGGCAAGUCUACCCUGCUGCGCCUGAUGACCGGCAAGCUCUCCCCCACCGCCGGUUCCGUCACCCGCCACACCCACUUGAAGCUUGGCCUGUACUCCCAGCACAGCGCUGAGCAGCUCGACCUGACCAAGUCCGCCCUGGACUUCGUCCGCGAGAAGUACUCAGAGAAGUCCCAGGACUACCAGUACUGGCGCCAGCAGCUUGGCCGCUACGGUCUGACUGGUGAGGCCCAGACCUCCCUCAUCGGCACCCUGUCCGACGGACAAAAGUCCCGUAUCGUCUUUGCCCUUCUCGCCAUUGAGUCUCCCAACAUGCUGUUGCUCGACGAGCCUACCAACGGUCUGGAUAUUCCCACCAUCGACUCUUUGGCCGAUGCCAUCAACGCCUUCAGCGGUGGUGUUAUUGUCGUGUCCCACGACUUCAGACUUUUGGACAAGAUUGCCAAGCAGAUUCUCGUGUGCGAGGACAGGACGAUCAAGCCCUGGGGCGACUCGAUUGGAGCGUACAAGAACUACCUGCGCAAGAAGAUGGUGUCCGCCGGCGCUGUCUAA